UAGCCUUUUCUUCUUUAUUUUACUAUGAGCACCGAGCAAACUCCUAUUUUAUACGGUUAUUUCAGAUCUUCUGCUAGUUGGCGUGUUCGUAUCGCCUUGGAAUGGAAAGGCAUCAAGUAUGACUUGCAGCCGAUUGAUUUGUUGCAUGGACAAAACAAAACAGAGGAAUUUCGUAAAGUCAAUCCUACUCAAAAAAUACCUGCUUUUGUAACAAAGGAUGGUAAAAUCCUUACUCAAAGUCAGGCUAUUAUUGAAUACCUUGAAGAGACUUAUCCAGACCGUCCAAUGUUGCCUCAGUGCGCCACAAAGAGAGCCGAGGUUCGCGAGAUUUGUCAAAUCAUUGCUUGCGAUAUUCAUCCUAUCCAGAACUUGGGCGUGAUUAAACGUAUUGAAGAAAUCAGUUCCAUGAAAAAGGAAGAGUGGGCUAAGAUCAGUGUUACUAUGGGCCUUAAAGGGCUAGAAGAGAGGCUCCAACGUGUUUCAGGCACUUACACAGUCGGCGAUUCAAUUACAAUGGCCGAUUUCUUCUUGUGUUCGAUCGUAGGCAAUGCUAAUCGAUGGGGUGUUGAAAUGAAUCAGUUCCCUAUCAUUACUCGUAUCAAUAACACCUUGAUGACUUUGCCUGAAUUUAUUACUGCGUCUCCUUUCAAGCAGCCAGACUGUCCUGAAGAAUUGAGAAAAUAAAAUUUAUGCAUAAAAGUCACGUAA